AUGAACGUCGGAGCGCACGUCGCGCGCCCACUGUUUUCUCGGCGUGGGACGGACUGGCGCGCCGCGCCUUGUUGGACGUUCCCUCCCCGAUCGUCCCUUCAAAGUAACAGCCACGCCGUCCACGCCAUCCCCCCCGUCCUCGACGCUCCAUCCCCGUUCUCAACGCGUCGUUCUCCCGCAAGCAUCCCCCACUGCUCUCCGUCGUAUCCAGUCCCCAUUGCAACAGACGACUCCGCCCCUUUCGACGAAGACUUCAUAAACCGCUCUUUACUUGACAGCCUCGACGCGCAGGCAGACGCAGAGCCUCUCUCUUCGUCCGACUCUGAAGCUCCGGGUCCGACGUCCUUCGGUACCCACUCGUCUUCCUCUAUCGGCUCUGUCCCAUAUCACAUCACCUCCCAGUCUUCUCAGCCUCGUCCCGAAUCUCCCUCUUCCUUCGUUCCCGACUCGUACAGCUCGCCAUCCAUGUAUCAUAACAUGCAACCUUCCGAUUUUGUCUCAUCAUCAGACUUCGACCCUCAGAAACAAGGAAAGUUAUCCGAUUACGCCUCAUCUGGGCCCUACAGAACCUCCACUGCAUUCAGUGCUUUCUCCAAUAAUCGCACCAGACAACCCUCUGCUCCCGCUCUCGGCCAACACACCUUCCGCGACACCUCAAAUUACACCCAUCACUACCCUGUAGACGUCUACGCUACAGCGCAACCCUCCCUACAAUCCUUAUCCCCGCCUCAGCCCUCUCAGUCGAUGGGCCCGAACACCUUUGAUCCUAUGCUUCAACCUCGAAGCACUUUCGACUUUGGGCCCAGCCCGCAUUCAUCGUCGUCGGGCUUCGUUUCCAACAACAAGCCUGCAUAUGCGAAUGAUAUGUUCACAGGCAGCACGGGUCCGUCAUUGUUACCUUCUCACAAAUCAACCGGGCAUUUGUCUGGUCCGGGUUCGCAGCAGCUACAAGCGCAAUCGCUCCAAACGCAGCCGCCGCAGAGCAACUUCCACCCGACGAGUCAAGCUCAGUAUAUGAACGGGAUCCAUCAACAGCAGCUGAUGCAGUCGCAGACCGCCUUUGGGCCCCAUCUGCCGUCUAGCACGUCAGCGCCUAUCACGACACAGGGCGGAACGAGUCAUACGAACGGGAGCACACAGGCGCCAUCACAAGAAGAGAUCUCAACAAUCUUUGUCGUGGGCUUCCCGGAGGACAUGCAGGAGCGCGAAUUUCAGAACAUGUUCACAUUCUCACCCGGCUUUGAAGCCGCGACGCUCAAAAUACCCAACAAGGAGCUCACGGCAUAUGGCCCGGGCCAGGGAGGCAACGCUGGCCGUCCUGGUUCAGGUUAUCCGCACACGCACGGUGGCCCGAACGAUCCCUACAAUGUCGUAACCAUUAAUCAAGGAGGUAUCGUCGUGGAUGGUGGUCGUGACGGCACCACAUCGUCAUGGCCGCCGUCUGACGAUCAACACUAUGCCCAUCUUGUCCCGAAUGGGCCUGCCUCCGGUUCCAACGCCGCCAACGCGAGUAUUUCGACCCGAAAGCAGAUCAUUGGGUUUGCCAAGUUCCGCACGCGCGCUGAAGCCAUUGAGGCGCGUGAUAUGCUUCAAGGACGUCGCAUAGAUAUCGAAAAAGGUGCGGUACUCAAGGCGGAGAUGGCAAAGAAGAACCUGCACACGAAGCGUGGGAUCGGCCCGCUUCCUCUCCAGCUAUCGUCUAUGAUAGGGUCCGGCGGAACUGUGGCCCCAGAUGCGCUUACCGGUAUGCCUGGUAUGAACUUGCAUGGAUUGACCUCGCCUCAGACCUUGGGAGCUGGCGUGGAAACCAUGACUGCUCGGGAGCGCGAGCUAGGCACUUUGGGCGCGAUGGGUUUUACUGGUCGGCGUGAGAGUCGCCUGGACCCUAGGGAAGAAGAUGCAGAUACGCGCAACGGAGCUCUUGUUGGAUUUGGGACAACCCGAGGCGCGAGAGAGCGUGCGGCAGAGGAGGAGGAUCGGAAGUGGAAGGAUAAGGCUGAUGCAGAGAGGGAACGUAGCGCGCAAUUGCGUUCGAGCAACGCCCAUGCUUUCGCAGCAUUUCAUUCCGUGUCUUCCUCUCAGCAGUCUGUCGGGAACUCUCUGCUGGCCGCGACUGCCGGUGAGAGCGCAAGUACCAUUAGAGGCGACGGUAAUGGAUCUCGCGUGGCAGCAGCCAAUGGUCCUUGGGGUGUUGAAAGCAGGGGAAACAAUUUUCCUAGCUCUUUGAGCAAACUGCCUCUAUAUGUUGGCUUGCCUCCUCGUCCUGUUUCUCCCAGCCAGCCAAAUGAUCCAUAUGGUUCGACACCCCGCCUGUGGAGAUCGUCGGAUGGCACGGUGUAUCUGGCUCAUGUUGGACCACCACCUCCAAUCACUCCGGCAAAGCCGCCGCACCUUCGCCACGUCCAUCCUUCUCUUCCUUCUCGCCCGCCGCCAUAUACCCCUGCCGCUACGGGGCAUGACACUUCAUCAUCCAGUUCGUCCAGCGUGGAGGGUUCGCAGGACAGCGUCGAUGAAGAUACAUCACGUGCCAUGAAUAUCCUCGCGGUCAACACCUCCGAACCACCGCUUACCCACGAAACUGGCUCUUCUUCCCCGCAAUUACCUAGCCCCGCCUCCGGUGCGAGCUCGGGUAGCAAGAGUGCCGCCGUCGAUCAGAACCCACCCAUCAAUACCCUCUAUGUGGGUAAUCUCCCUAGCUCGCCGCCUCCUCCUGGGUUUGCACCCACAUAUCUUGAGGACAGCCUUCGCGACCUGUUUCAUCGUCGACCUGGCUUCCGCAAGCUAUGUUUCAGGCAGAAGAGUAAUGGGCCUAUGUGCUUUGUUGAGUUUGCCGACGUCAACUAUGCUACGAAGGCUCUCAACGAUCUGUAUGGCGCGACCCUAGGCGGCCUGGUGAAGGGUGGUGGGAUCCGUCUUUCCUACAGCAAGAACCCGCUUGGUGUUCGCACUCCGACCAAUGCGACAGGCUCGUCGACGUCUCAGCAGAAUGGGUUGCCUGCGUCAGGCGGAGCAACCAUUCUAGCGGAGGCUUUCCAGCCGAAGUUGACUGAGCUAGACACUGGGAUCCACCCUCGCGUUGACACGUCUGGCAUCACAUCGCCUUCAUCGUCCUCAUCUUCUUCUGCUUACCACUUCAGUGUGUCUCCGCCACCGCCGCGUUUUGUUUCCCCGCCUCCCGCAUAUCCUCGUGCGGCCAGUGGCCAGGGCUUCGGAUAUCCACCGCCGUCCAACAUGACGACGACAAACUCACCGACGCCCACGUUCUCUCCUUUCGGCAUUUCUCCCUCUCCUAUUGGUAGCAGCAUUCACAACAACCCGAUACCCGAGAGCAUGAACUUCAUCAAUAGCAGCAACGGCAAUCACCUCAUGAGCACUUUCUCCGACAUCACCGAGCACCCUCCCACGCACUCACCGUCUCUUGAUGGUCACUAGAGGUGGGCGGCUCGGCGUACACACCAAUUAUAUAUAACCCACCCCAUGUAUCAGCCUCCCUCCUACAUCGACGACAUAUGAACACCAUACAUCUCACCUCGAUCUCGCUCGCAUAUCUUCACGCUUUCUGAAACCCCUUUGCUUCUCGUUCACAGCUCCUCUCUUCUUCCCCUGGCGGACAAUUUGGCUCGUGACACAGUCUCAGUAUUCUUUUCUCUCUAUCUUUCCGCGCGCUUCGUCUUAUCUAUCUAUCUCAGCCUUUGUGCACAAAUCCACUUGAUAAUUCACAUUGUCAUAUACGUCUGCUAAACCAACCGUAUCCAUACACACCCAUCCCUCAUCGUAACGUUUAUGUUCCCCUUCCGUCUUCUUUUCUCUGUCUUUCUGGCUGUUUCUGACACUAUACUUGGAGCCACACCUGUCGUAAUUCUACCAGCUCUUACCUUUGUCCCUCCCUCUCCCCUGUGUCCAGUCAAAGUUCUCGGUGAUUUUUAUUUUUGGCUUGCACCACCCCGUUUUCCAUCUUCAGUCCUUCGUCCCCGUCUCGCUCACGUUUUCUUCUCUAUACCUUACGCUCACAUCCGUACGUGCCUAUAUUUUGUCCACCCACCCUGUCCCCUGUGUCUGCUCGCAAUAACCCUGUUCUAUCUGCCAUUCUGAAUCAACGAUGCUUUAUUAUUCCUCAUCAUGACUCCAUACGCACAUAUACUUCCGCAGACUUCUCAUUUCGCCUGCGGUCGAGUCAACCCUCAGUCCAGUUACUCUUUGGUCCCUUGUCUUCUUUUGUUUUUUUUGCUUGUUCGCAUACCUCGCACGCACGUAUGCACGCUUGCACGCUCAAAUGCUGAUGUCCUCCUGCUAGUAGUAACUGCUACCCUCCUAUUUAUCUCCGUCCGUACCUCCAAGCUACCCCCGACCACCCCUUCCCCACCUUUCUCACUUUGCUAGGCCUAAUAGGCACAUCGAAGCGCACCGCAGCCCUUUUUUCGCCCCGAGUACACUUCCUCGAUGGCUCUUCCGCGCAGGGUUACAUGUAUAAUUACUCCGUUGAUUGAACACUGUGCUUGCUUGCCGUUU